UUUUCUUUCUCUCUUUUUCUUCCCCUCAAUUUCAGAUUCGCCUUGAAGUCUCCUAUAUAAAUCUCUCUCAAAUCAAAUCAAGAAAAGAAAAUUUUUAAAAUAAAUAAUGAAAAAAAUAAAUUCUCUAUUGCGAAAAUGCAAAAGCCUUUCAAGGCAACUGGGAAGAUCUUCAUCAUACAGCAGCUUGAGAUCAAAAUCCACAAGAGAAGAUCUUUGGGUUUGUGAAAAACAAGAAGAAGAUUUUGAGCAACAAUUUGAUCAAAAGGUGAGUGGCAAUAAUAAUGUAGUUUUAUAUGUUGGAAGUACAAGAAAGAAAUAUGCAAUAAAUUCAAAAUAUUUGAGCCAUCCUUUGUUAAAUGCUCUUAUUGAUAAAUCAAAGUCUAAGAAAUUAGUUGAUGAUCAUGAUGAUGAACAUGAAGAACAUGAUGAUGGUGAUGAUGAAGAUUGUAUUUUAGUGAGAUGUGAAGUUGUUUUAUUUGAUCAUCUUUUGUGGAUGUUGGAAAAUUCUGAUCCAAAUAUUACUUUUGAUUCUAAUUUGGAGGAAUUGGCUGAACUUUAUGUUUUUUGAGGAUUUCAUGUAUGGAAAUUCAGUGGGAGAAAGUUGUUAUGUAUCAGAGUUUCAUUUGGAAACUUCUUUUUUUAUUUUGAAAAGAUAGUGUGAGUAUUCGGAA